UCGCUCAGAAUUCAGUCUCGUUUUUCAGCUCUUUCGUGAUGGAUUUCACCGGUAAAGUUGUUCUCAUCACGGGAGCCAGUAGUGGCAUCGGCGCCGCAACGGCGAAGUACUUUACCGCGUUGGGAGCUAGCGUUGUUCUAACCGGCAGAAACGCAGAAAAUCUCAAUAAAACAGGUUCAGAAUGUGAGGCUCUGGGUAAGGAAAAGCCAUUGUUGCUGGUGGCCGAUGUUACAAGUACUGAUGACAACAUCCGGGUGAUCGAAAAGAUCAUUAAAAAGUUCGGUAAAUUGGAUGUUUUGGUGAACAAUGCCGGCAAAGGGCUAUCAGGAGGCAUUGAAAACACCAGCGUGGAGCAGUAUGACGAUAUCAUGAAUACGAAUGUGAGGGCUGUAUAUCACCUGACGAUGCUGGCGGUGCCUCAUCUUAUCGAGAGCAAAGGGAAUAUUGUCAAUGUAUCGAGCGUCGCCGGUACAAGAUCUUUCCCAAACUUUUUAGCCUACAGUGUAUCGAAGGCCGCUUUGGAUCAAUUUACGAGAUGCGUUGCGCUUGAAUUGGGGCCGAAACAAGUUAGAGUGAAUUCUGUUAAUCCAGCGGUCAUCAUAACGGAUUUCCAUAAUCGACUCGGUAUGAGUGCGGAAGCCUACGCUGCCUAUCUGAAGAGCUGUGAGCAAACCCAUGCUCUGGGCCGUGUGGGACAACCGUCGGAAGUAGCAGCGGCCAUCGCUUUCCUUGCGGGGGACUCGGCUAGCUUCAUCACCGGAACGUGUCUUUGCGUGGAUGGAGGAAAGAAUGUGAUGUGUCCACGUUAAUGUUAUUGAAUGUCCACAUUGAUAAUGCAAAACUAUUUCUUUCUGUAAUUAAUUGCAGAAUUUUUAUAUUCAAUAAAUAUAACAAAUUUAAUAUGGUUCCA